GGGGACGCAGCGCCCCGGCCCCGUUCUUCACCCACCACUGCCGCCAUGGCGGAGCAGCCGCAGCCGAUCAGCCCCGUGAAGAAUUUCUUCGCUGGCGGCUUCGGGGGCGUCUGCCUGGUGUUCGUGGGGCACCCGCUGGACACCAUCAAGGUCAGACUGCAAACCCAGCCUAAGCCACAGCCUGGUCAGCCUCCGCUCUAUUCUGGGACCUUUGACUGCUUCAGAAAGACUCUCGUGGGAGAGGGAGUCCGAGGCUUAUAUAGAGGAAUGGCAGCUCCUAUUAUCGGAGUGACACCCAUGUUUGCUGUAUGCUUCUUUGGAUUUGGCUUGGGAAAAAGACUCCAACAGAGAAAACCUGAUGACAUUUUGACAUACCCUCAGCUGUUUGCUGCUGGAAUGUUGUCGGGAGUGUUCACCACAGUAAUCAUGGCUCCAGGAGAGAGAAUCAAGUGCCUUUUACAGAUCCAGGCAGCUACAGGUGAAACUAAAUACAGUGGCUCUUUGGACUGUGCAAAACAGCUGUACCGCGAGGCUGGGAUUCGUGGCGUGUACAAGGGGACAGUACUUACCCUCAUGAGAGACGUCCCAGCCAGUGGAAUGUACUUCAUGACGUAUGAAUGGCUGAAGAACAUGCUGACCCCUGAGGGAAAGAGUGUGAGUGACCUCAGUGCGCCUAGGAUCCUCUUUGCUGGGGGCCUGGCUGGGAUCUUCAACUGGGCAGUUGCCAUUCCACCAGACGUGCUGAAAUCCCGUUUCCAGACUGCUCCUCCAGGAAAAUACCCAAAUGGCUUUAGAGAUGUGCUGAGAGAACUUAUCAGAGAGGAAGGAGUUGCAUCUCUGUAUAAGGGCUUCACAGCUGUAAUGAUCAGGGCAUUUCCCGCUAACGCGGCAUGUUUUCUUGGUUUUGAAGUUGCUAUGAAGUUUCUUAACUGGAUUGCACCAGGUCUAUGAAGACCAGGAAGUCUUUGGAAAUUAGAGAGGAGAAGGAAGAGAGUGCAAGUCUGCCUCAAAGGAAUAAAUGAAUGAUCGCUUGAAGUUUCA